AAGUCUUUAUUUUCUUAAGAACAACAGUAAUCUGCUUGCAAGAGUGUACACACUGUGAUGCCUAAAGAAGACCUUUGUUGAAUCGAGAGGAAAUCUAAGUUAAUACAAGCCUAUGGGGAAAGUCAAGUUUUUCUUCCUGCAUUUUCAUACUCGAUCCCGAAUCUAUCAUGCAGGAGAAAACCUUACUGGUUAUGUUGUUGUGGAUCUCAAGGAGGCUGCUCAAAUUCAGGGUAUAGUCUUGUACAUCUAUGAAAAACCCUGUAUUUGCUAUGUGGCUGGUACUGGGCCAGUUUGUUGCUCGUCUGUGUUCACCGAAGUAGAGCUAAUUGGUGUUCCAGUCAAGGUCUUUCCAACAGGUGACAACAGUGAUGGGGAGGAGUUGGAUCAGGGCUUCCACACAGUCACUUUUCAAUACCACUGCCCUCUAUAUCCCGUCUUCAUUUGAAACUAAAAGCAGUAAAGUGCAGUAUUACCUUGUAGCUGAACUGGAGUUGGGUGGAUCUCGCUUGGCACGAGAGAAGACCAAAUCAACCUUUAAAGUGUUAAAUACCCUGGACCUUUCAUUAUUUCCUGAAAUUCAGGUCAGUCGUCACCACAGGCACAUGUGGGAUUAACUGCUGCAUCACUUCAUGGGAGAAUGCAUUCAGGGAUCUGGGAUGUUGUUUUCCAUGUUGACAAAGGCGGUUAUGUCCCAGGGGAGAAGGUUAAAAUAUAUGGAAAGAUAAACAAUGGGACCGAAGUCCAAAUUAGAAAGUCAUAUGUGGAACUAGUUCAGAUUAUAAAGUUGAGAACUAAUAGAAAGGUGAAGACUGUGAGGAAUCCAGUUACAGGAUUGCGACACCACUCCAUACCGGCUGGAGCGACUGAUGUGUGGGACACGGACUGCCUGACAAUCCCUGAGUUGCCCCCUACAAAUAGCGGGACCUUUACCAUAGCAUACUGUCUUCAGCUGGUUAUAGUGCCUGCUGGGCUAAACCCAAAAGUCAAGUUGCCAAUCGAGAUUGUGAUAGGAACAGUUCAGGGUGGGGUCCACCCCCACUUGCCCCUGGAGGCUCCAGCCUACCUUCCAUAUGAUAGCCCUGAAAGAGUGCAGCCCUUUGCUCUUGGAGAGGACCAAUUUGACAUAAUCAAUUCUCAUGUAGGCAGAAUCCAGCUGCAGAUUGCUCCUCCACCAUACAUCCCUACUGAUGAACCACCUCCACCAUAUGAUGAAGUGGAUCAACGUUUGAGUUAGAUGAUGCGUUUGCAGCAGGAUAUGCACUGUUCCUGACACAAGGCAUAAAGAUGCAAGUCACUUGCUUUGUCACUUGAAGAGACUCAGACCAAAGUCUUCUGUAUUAUUUCAUCAUUUCUUUAGGAAUUCUAAUUUCAUGGAUUAGAAAUUUUGAGCCGAAUCUCUACAGAAGUCAGCUCUUCAAUGCAGGGAAAAGGUGAUGGGGAUCUGUAUUUGGUUCUACAUUUACAUGUAUUUAAUUCUGGCUCUCUCAUCAGUUUAAAAUUUAACAUAUUGCUAUAUUUUUUGUAAGGUUGAAUCUGUUUGUAGUGGGUCCACUGAAGGAUCCGUUAAUAUAUUAUGUAUAAGUUGAAGCUAAAUUAAAUGUGGGAACUGCUUUGUGCCGAAUACUAUAUGUGACCUGUCCACCAUUGCUGAUACACACAUUCUGAGACUACAGUUCAUCUCAGUAUUUUUUUUUUAGGGUUGUUUGAAAGUUAAGAUGAUAUCCUCAUGGAAAAAUGUAAGUUUCAGCUCUAAUAGUAAUAUAAUGUGACCUUUAUGUACUAUAAAAUUGCUCUUUUUAGUUUGUACAGGUGUAGCUAAUGCCAUGCCCUGAGCAUCUGCAUCCAAUAACUGUGAAAGCACUGUGAAGGUAAAUGGUGGUAUCUUAGAAAGGUGUUGUAUGUAUUCAGUUCAGGCUUUGCAUACAUGUAAAGCACAAUUACACCAAAGGAUAUGUUCCAAUGCCAAUGUCCUAUGUUAAUUGCAGUAAAUUACAAAAUUCACAACUUAGUCUCAUGAAUUGGAAUCCCUGUAUUUAGCUCAGGUUUUGCCUACAUGUAAAAGCACAAUAAUAGGAGGGGGGAUGUUUGUUGAUGAUCUGUGUUGAAUUGAUUACUAUAAAUUACAAAAUUUAUUACCAUCGUGUCUCUUUUUGUAUAUUACAAUCCAUGUUAAGGUAAAUACGCAUAUGUAAGUCCUUUAUCUAUUGAGAUGUACAUGUAGUUUGACAUUCAUGUCUCGUACAGGCGAGCUCUUUAGUGCCUUGUCAAAGUUAGACCAAAUUAUUAGUAUAUACAGUUUUAACACUUAAUUAAGAGACCUUGUUAUGGGCAAUGGCUGCUGCAGCUAAUUAAGAAAAUAAAUCCAAAAUGUCUGUCAAAAAUUGCAUGUAGUCCUCAUCCUGUGUAUUAUUUCAUAUCGUCAUUUAAGAUUGCGUCGUCGUUAAUUUCAACAUGAUAUUGGACGUUUCCUACUGUGUUACCUUGUAUGUUCAUUUGCCAAUGAGAGCUAUUUUUUUUACACAUAUUUUGUUCAAUGGUUUUUCUUUUUAAUAGCCACCAAACAGUAGAGAACUAUAUGUUGCGUGAUUGUUAUUACCAAAUUUGUAACAUCCAUGCAGUAUACAUUUUGUGAUAAGUUAAAUGCACUGUAACUAUAAGCAAAAUAGCGAUUUAGAAUGCAUGGGACAAAUAUGGAUUUUUUUGGCAGGAUAAACAGCGGGGAGUGUCCUGUGGCGUUUCACGGACAAAUUGCCAUAUGGUUUUCCUUUCCCCUCAUAUGAGCCAUUUUUUUGCUUGAGUGCGAACUGCUGUGUAACUUACAGAAAAGUAAAUUAUUGUACAGGUAUUCAGUUUGCAAGUUAUUACAAUACUUACAAAAUACAUACCUGUUUGUCUGUUUUAGGAUGGGUAAAUAACUGUUAAACAGUGAUGUCACGUCACAAGGGGACACCACUCUGUCAUAACUUUACACGGCAGACUUACAAUUUGCCCUCCACAAAAAGCUUUAAAGUUCAUAGAUAAGUUACAUACAUGCAUGUACCUUUACCUGUAUGAGCAGCAAAUUAUUUCCAUUAUCAAGUUGAGCUUUGAAAUAUUUGUACUCUGUUAGAGAUCAGUUAUAUGUUUCACACAAUUCUGGAAUUUGUGCACAAUGCCCUCUUACUCUGAAAUCAAAAGCUUUUCGUGUGUUUUGACAGUGGAUUUCUUCAAUUUUUUUUUUAUCCUUUGUGUAUAUGUACAUAGCAUAUAUGUAUUUACAUAGCAUUUAUGUAUGUUUGUUGAACAGAAAACACGUGGAAAAAGUUACUUGGUGUGUGAUAUAUGUAUAAUGUACAGCAUUUAUUUCAACUAUAUUUUACCAGCAUUCUGUAAAUUUAAGACAGGAUGGUGAUACAUUCAUGUAUACAUUGUUCUUGACUGUGGGUCUGCUAUUUGGAGAUACACGUAUAUGUAGUGCCUUCUUAAUAUAUAAUUGAUUUCAAUUAUAAAAACCUAAUCAAGGAAAAUAUUGCAGGUUGUUGGCAACCAGCUUAAAAACCUAUUGUUGUCAUAAAGAAUAUGCUUGGAACAGAAAAGAAUUUUCUGCUAAUCUUCAUCAGAAAAAGAAAGAUUUCUCAAUACAUGAGCAUUUUAUUGUGCUCGUUCUAGCAGCAUGCUAACAUGGCUGUGGCAUCAAGCAACAUUUAUCUUACCUAUGGCAGCAACACUCUUUUAAAACUUAAAACCUAUUGUUCACUGUUCUCGACAGUUUUGUUAUACACAUCAAAGAGUGGAACAAAUUUUCUGAAAUGACAUGACCUGAAACGAGUGUCUCAUUAAUAUUAUCAAAGAAAUAAAAAAUGUCUGAGUUGAAUUGUGUAAUGGCUUUUACCAUGCCUGUUGUUUUUGUGUUAGCAUGCAUUCAAAACAUCAUAAAUGUCUGAAAGAUUAUGGUUGUUAAUUGGCCUGGAGUUGAUUGCCAAUGUUAGGUGCAUGUAAUCCAGUGUGCAAACCAUAGGCAGUCCUAUGUUUGUAUAUAAUUUACAGUCUAAAUGUGUUCUCUUUAGUUAAGUUCAUUGAUGAAAAUAACUUUUUUAGGUACUGUAAAAGACAAUUGCUCAGCCUUAAAUAUGUAAAGCCAAAGCAUUUAAGUGUAACAUAUAUACCUACAAUUAUGUUCAAGUGUAAUUACCAUACCUGUAAAUACAUACACGUUUUCUAAUUUAGAAACUCUGUACAGCCCUCAGAAUGAACCAAUCUUGUAUUCCAUUUGUUGUGAUACAAAGUGAAAGCUUCCUCCAGUCGUCUUUCAUCUCGUACAGAUAAAUUUAUCUGUUUCAUAGCUUUUUCAUACAUAUCCUUUUACAAUUUGUUACGACUACAUAAGUCUGCUUUCCGAUCAUAGGAAUUGGGUGAACCAUAUUGUAAUGGAUGCCUGCAUACACACUGCAUGCAUAUGAUUUGAUACCGGUUUUCUGGAAAUCUCAAGUCCAAUAAAGUUUCCUUAUCUA